AUGCUUCACCAGUGGGAUAUUGCCCUUAGAAGACAUGAUGCGCCAGGCGAGAUCACCAGGUUGGCUAUUAAACCAGUUUUGAAGCAAUGGCUCGAGAGGAAGUUUGGCAACGUUGAUUUCCACAUCACGCAGGUACUUUCUGGUCAUGGUUGCUUUGGCCAUUACCUCUUUAGGAUCAAGAGGAGACUCUCACCUGGAUGCCAACAGUGUUUUAAUCACGAUGACACUAGUGAACAUACUCUGGUUUAUUGUGCUGAGUGGCUUUGCGAACGUGCUGAUUUGUUGAACAUUUUGGACUUAAACAUUGAUUCUCUUAAUUUGGAGAACAUAAUUAAAGAAGUGUUAACAUCCGAGGACAAAUGGAUCGCAUUUAGUGGGUAUGUUAAUACUAUUAUGCGUGGUAAGGAGGAGGAAGAGCGAAGACUGCAGGCUGCCCUUCUCUCUCCUACUUCCGAUCGUUCUAGUUGA